ACAGUGUCCCCAGUGGAUUCCCAGUGUCCCCGGUGGGUUCCUGGUGUCCCCAGGGGUUCCCACGAUGUCCCCGGUGGAUUCCUGGUGUCCGUAGGUGUUCCCAUGGUGUCCCCAGGGGUUCCCACGAUGUCCCCGGUGGAUUCCUGGUGUUCCCAUUGGGUUCCUGGUGUCCCCAGGGGUUCCCACGGUGUCCCCAGGGGUUCCCACAGUGUCCCUGGUGGGUUCCCACAGUGUCCCCAGGUGGGUUCCCACGAUGUCCCCACUUGGUUCCCGGUGUCCCCAGGGGUUCCCACGGUGUCCCCGGUGGGUUCCCUGUGUCCCCAGGGGUUCCCACGAUGUCCCCAGUGGGUUCCCAUGAUGCCCCCAGUCAGUUCCCACGGUGUCCCCAUUGGGUUCCCGGUGUCCCCAGGGGUUCCCACGAUGUCCCUGGUGGGUUCCUGGUGUCCGUAGGUGUUCCCACGGUGUCCCCAGGGGUUCCCACGAUGUCCCCAGGGGUUCCCACAGUGUCCCCACUUGGUUCCCUGUGUGCCCAGGGGUUCCCACAAUGUCCCCGGUGGAUUCCCGGUGUCCCCAUUGGGUUCCUGGUGUCCCCAGGGGUUCCCACGGUGUCCCCAGGGUUCCCACGGUGUCCCUGGUCGAUUCCCGGUGUCCCCAGUGGGUUCCCGGUGUCCUCCAGGUGUUCCCACGGUGUCCCCAGUGGGUUCCCAUGAUGCCCCCAGUCAGUUCCCACGGUGUCCCCAUUGGGUUCCCGGUGUCCCCAGGGGUUCCCACGAUGUCCCUGGUGGGUUCCUGGUGUCCGUAGGUGUUCCCACGGUGUCCCCAGUGGGUUCCCGGUGUCCCCAGGGGUUCCCACAGUGUCCCAGUUGGGUUCCCUGUGUCCCCAUGGGUUCCCACAAUGUCCCCAGUGGGUUCCCAUGAUGCCCCCAGUGGGUUCCCACGAUGUCCCCAUUGGGUUCCCAGUGUCCCCAGGGGUUCCCACGAUGUCCCUGGUGGGUUCCUGGUGUCCGUAGGUGUUCCCACGGUGUCCCCAGUCAGUUCCCACGGUGUCCCCAGGGCUUCCCACGGUGUCCCCAGUGGGUUCCCGGUGUCCCCAGGGGUUCCCAUGAUGUCCCUGGUGGGUUCCUGGUGUCCGUAGGUGUUCCCACAGUGUCCCCAGUGGGUUCCCACGGUGUCCCCAUGGGUUCCCACAAUGUCCCCAGUGGGUUCCCACGGUGUCCCCAGGGGUUCCCAUGAUGUCCCUGGUGGGUUCCCGGUGUCCCCAGGGGUUUCCACAAUGUCCCCAGGGGUUCCCACGAUGUCCCCAGUUGGUUCCCAGUGUCCCUGAGCAGUUCCCACGAUGUCCCCGUCCCCUCCCAUGGAUCUGGUGGCUGGACUUGGCUGUGCCUGUGCCGGGCUGGUGGCCCUGGCCCUGCUGGUGGUGGCCCAGCGCCUCGGGCUCCUCUACCGCCUGUGCCACAAGGUGGACACGGCGAGUCCCCGGCAUGGCGGGGAGCUGGUGGCCGAGGUGCUCCGUGCCCACGGGGUGCGGUUCCUGUUCACGUUGCCCGGGGGCCACAUCUCGCCCGUGCUGGUGGCCUGCGAGAAGCUCGGCAUCCGCGUGGUGGACACGCGGCACGAGGCCACCGCCGUCUUCGCCGCCGACGCCGUCUCGCGGCUCUCGGGUCGCAUCGGCGUCGCCGCUGUCACCGCGGGCCCCGGUGUCACCAACACGGUGACGGCCGUCAAGAACGCCCAGAUGGCCGAGUCCCCCCUGCUGCUCCUGGGCGGCGCCGCUGCCACCCUACAAAAGGUGGGAACAUCCCAAAAAAGCCCUUCCCAAAGGGAAUUUUGGGGCAGUUUCUUUCAUUUUGGGGUUUUUUUCCCCUCAUUUUUGGGGGGUUUUCCCUCAUUUUUUGGGGUUUUCUCUCAUUUUUGGGUCCCGGUGUCACUAAAAAAAUGGGAAUUUGUUCUCCGGGGUAGAAAAUCCGGCGUUUUUUUGGGGAUUUGUCCCCAGAUCAAUGACCAAAAAUUCCUGGAAUUCAUGGAAUUAGUGAUUGUUCCUCAUAUUUUAAUUACGUAUUCAUCACAUCCUCAAAUCCAUUCAUUUAUGCAAAUUAUUCCCAUCAAUUCUUUUGGAUUUGAAGGGGUUUUGAGGGGGUUUGGGGGCAUCCCAAAAAAUCCCUUCCUGACCCCAAUUUUGGGGUGUUUUCCCUUGGUUUUGGGGUCCUGGUGUCACCGAAAACUGGGAAUUGACCAUUCCAAGGAAUUUGUUGAGGUGGAAAUCUGACGUUUUUGGGGGGAAUUCUCGUUUUCCUGGGGGAAUUCCCAUUUUUUUCGAGACCAUUCCCGGUGUUCCUGAGGGAAUUCCCAUUUUCCUGCAGCCGUUCCCAGUUUCCCGAGGGACCAUUCCCGUUAUUCCUGAGGGUCAUUACUGUUUUCCCGAGGGCAUUCCUGGGAAUUCCCAGAUCCCAGAGUGGGAAUUCCCAGAUUCCCGAGGCCGUUCCUGAAUUCCCACUGCCAUUCCCAAAUCCCCAAUGUCAUUCCCAGAUUCCUGAGACCAUUCCUGUUAUUCCCGAGAUCAUUCCCGUUUUCCUGAGGGCAUUCCCAGGAGUUCCCAAAUUCCCAACGGCCAUUCCCAAAUUCCCAAUGGCCAUUCCCAAAUUCCCAGUGCCAUUCCCAAUGCCAUUCCCAUUAUUCCUGAUGUCAUUCCUGGAUUCCUGAUGUCAUUCCCAAAUUCCCGAUACCAUUCCCAAUGCCAUUCCCAUUAUUCCCGAUGCCAUUCCUUGUUCCCGGUGCCAUUCCCAAGUUCCCGAUGCCAUUCCCAAUGGUCGUUCCCGAAUUCCCGGUGCCAUUCCUGAACUCCCGAUGCCAUUCCUGAUGGUCAUUCCCGAAUUCCCGGUGCCAUUCCUGAAUUCCCAAUGCCAUUCCCGUUGUUUUCGAUGCCAUUCCCGUUAUUCCUGAUGCCAUUCCCAAGUUCCCAGUGCCAUUCCUGAUGGUCAUUCCUGAAUUCCGGUGCCAUUCCUGAAUUCCUGGUGCCAUUCUCCUUAUUUCCCGAUGCCAUUCCUUGUUCCUGGUGCCAUUCCCAUUAUUCCCGAUGCCAUUCCCAAUGGUCAUUCCCGGUGCCAUUCCCGGAUUCCCAUGGUCAUUCCUGAAUUCCCGGUGCCAUUCCCGGAUUCCCGGUGCCAUUCCCGUUAUUCCUGAUGCCAUUCCCGGUGCCAUUCCCGAAUUCCAAUGCCAUUCCCGAAUUCCCGGUGCCAUUCCAUUGCUUCCGAUGCCAUUCCCGUAAUUCCCAGUGCCAUUCCUGUUCUUCCCGAUGCCAUUCCCAGUGCCAUUCCCGUUAUUCCCGGUGCCAUUCCCAUUGUUCCUGAUGCCGUUCCCAUUAUUCCCGAUGCCAUUCCUGAUGCCAUUCCUGUUAUUCCCGGUGCCAUUCCCGGAUUCCCGGUGCCAUUCCCGUUAUUCCUGAUGCCAUUCCCAGUUCCAUUCCUGAAUUCCCAAUGCCAUUCCCGAAUUCCCGAUGCCAUUCCCGUUGCUUCCGAUGCCAUUCCCGUUAUUCCUGAUGCCGUUCCUGGUGCCAUUCCCGUUAUUCCCGGUGCCAUUCUGGAUUCCCAAUGGUCAUUCCUGAAUUCCCAGUGCCAUUCCCAUUGUUUCUGAUGCCAUUCCCGUAAUUCCGGUACCUUUCCGAACUCCCGGUGCCAUUCCCGGUGCCAUUCCUGUUCUUCCCGAUGCCAUUCCCAGUGCCAUUCCCGUUAUUCCCGGUGCCAUUCCAUUGUUCCUGAUGCCGUUCCCAUUAUUCCCGAUGCCAUUCCUGAUGCCAUUCCUGUUAUUCCCGGUGCCAUUCCCGGAUUCCCGGUGCCAUUCCCGUUAUUCCUGAUGCCAUUCCCAGUUCCAUUCCUGAAUUCCCAAUGCCAUUCCCGAAUUCCCGAUGCCAUUCCCGU